AUGCUCGUGAAGGUUGCAAGUAUUCUCUUCCUAGUUGUAUUUUCAGCUGUGCAAGCUGAUCUUCGGAGCACUGUUUAUGGAUUGGUAGAAGCUCGUAGCGGUGCGAAGUCGAAUUGCAGCUUGUGGACAUCGUAUUUUGCAGCAAAUGGUGUCGUUCGUUCACCAGUUGGAUCAACACCCAUUGUUGGUCUUGAUGCAAUCCAAAAACAUUGCGAUGCUUGGAAUCAAAUGCUCGGUCCUCAAGGUAAUGGAUGGUAUCCAAUGGAAUUGUGGUCAGGUAAUUUAGAGACUGCCUUCGAAGCAACCAUACGAGCGGUUAAUAAAGGUGGUUGUCAAGUCAAUUGGCGUGGAAUAAUUACAAUCAAAUUCGAUAAUACAUUGAAAAUCACGGAAUGGAGUCAUUAUUAUGAUGAUGAUUUUAUGGCACCACAGUUGAAAGGAAAGUGUCAACCAUUGUAG